AUGGCGGAUCAUCCUGAUAUCGAACGGGCUGACGUCCGCCAUGGUUCCCGCAUCUCCAGAGCGUCUCUGCGAGAAGACUACUCCAACCUCGACGAGUAUGGAAAGCUCGUCAAGUACGUGUCUACCUUCCGUGAUGCCAGCCUAGAGCAGGCUGAAGCUGCUGAAUACGAAGAGCGGCGCAUCUGGUAUAAACCGUGGCAGAAGCGCAAAGUUCGGGUCCAACUCGUCGAGGAUCAAGCUGGUCGUUUCCCAGAUGAUUGGCUCAUCACCAACGUCCGCGAGGGUCUGUCAAGCGAGGUAGUUAAUCAGCGCCGCCGGCGCUCUGGUUGGAAUGAACUCGUGUCCGAGAAGGAGAACCCCAUCGCCAAGGUCCUUUCGUACUUCCGCGGUCCCAUCCUCUACGUCAUGGAACUUGCGGUCUUGUUGGCUGCCGGUCUGCAAGAUUGGGUUGAUUUCGGUGUCAUCAUUGGUAUUCUGUGCCUGAACGCCAGCGUUGGUUGGUAUCAAGAAAAGCAGGCCGCGGAUGUGGUUGCGAGUCUCAAGGGUGACAUCGCCAUGCGUGCUCUUGUCGUUCGGGACAACUCUCAACAGGAGAUCUUGGCCCGUGAACUGGUUCCUGGUGAUGUGAUUAUCGUUGGUGAAGGUCAAGUUGUUCCAGCGGAUGCCAAGAUCAUUUGCGACUACAAUGAUCCCAAUGGCUGGGAAGAGUUCAACCAGCUGCAGGCAGAAGGGAUGCUGGAUGGUGGCGCCGAGUCCGAUGAAGAGGACCAGGAAAGCAAGAAAGAGAAGUCCGGCCAGGAUACCAGUGACGGCCAGGAACAGGAACCUACCGCGGAUGGAGGUGAGGAGCAGCCAGCGCAGCAGCGACCCCGCAAGCGUGGCUACCCCAUUCUGGCUUGUGACCACUCUGCUAUUACCGGUGAAUCUCUUGCUGUCGAUCGUUACAUGGGCGAUGUGAUUUUCUACACCACAGGCUGCAAGCGCGGCAAGGCUUAUGCUGUUGUCCAAACCGGCGCGAGGACCUCUUUUGUUGGUCGGACCGCCAGUAUGGUCCAGUCUGCUAAGGGCGCUGGCCAUUUCGAAAUCGUCAUGGAUAAUAUCGGCACUUCCCUUCUGAUUCUUGUGAUGGCUUGGAUUCUGGCUGCUUGGAUUGGUGGCUUCUUCCGUCAUAUUCCCAUUGCCUCUCCCGGACAACAGACCCUGCUACACUACACCUUGUCGCUGCUGAUUAUUGGUGUGCCCGUUGGUCUUCCGGUUGUCACUACUACCACAAUGGCCGUGGGUGCUGCCUAUCUUGCAAAGAAGAAGGCUAUUGUGCAGAAGUUGACUGCGAUUGAAUCUCUGGCUGGCGUGGAUAUUCUUUGCUCUGACAAAACCGGAACCUUGACUGCAAACAAACUGAGUAUUCGCGACCCGUACGUGGCUGAAGGUGUCGACAUUGACUGGAUGUUCGCCGUGGCAGCCCUCGCUUCCUCGCACAAUGUCGAAUCCCUGGACCCGAUCGAUAAAGUCACAAUCUUGACCCUUCGUCAGUACCCCAAGGCGAGGGACUUCCUGCGACGGGGAUGGAAGACUGAGCGAUUCACUCCUUUCGAUCCCGUGUCCAAGCGAAUCGUGACUGUGGCUGUUUGUGAUGGCAUUCGAUACACCUGUACCAAGGGCGCUCCCAAGGCGGUUCUCCAGCUUACCAAGUGCUCGAAGGAAACCGCGGAUAUGUAUAAAGCGAAAGCUCAGGAAUUCGCCCACCGUGGAUUCCGCUCUCUGGGUGUUGCUGUUCAGAAGGAAGGCGAAGAUUGGACUCUGCUCGGAAUGCUUCCCAUGUUCGAUCCGCCACGUGAAGACACUGCCCAGACUAUCAGCGAAGCCCAGGCCCUCGGUAUCAGUGUAAAGAUGCUCACUGGUGAUGCUAUUGCUAUUGCGAAGGAAACGUGCAAGAUGUUGGCACUCGGUACCAAAGUGUACAACUCGGACAAGCUCAUUCAUGGUGGACUGAGCGGUGCUAUGGCCAGUGACCUCGUCGAAAAUGCGGACGGUUUUGCUGAGGUGUUCCCGGAGCACAAGUAUCAAGUUGUGCAGAUGCUGCAAGAACGGGGCCACUUGACUGCGAUGACCGGCGAUGGUGUGAACGAUGCUCCAUCCCUCAAGAAGGCUGAUUGUGGUAUCGCUGUUGAAGGAGCCUCGGAAGCCGCGCAGUCGGCCGCCGAUAUUGUGUUCCUCGAGCCAGGUCUCUCCACAAUCAUCGACUCGAUCAAGGUUGCACGCCAGAUUUUCCACCGCAUGAAGGCGUAUAUCCAAUAUCGCAUCGCCCUAUGCUUGCACCUGGAAAUCUACCUCGUGACUGUGAUGAUCAUUCUCAACGAAAGCAUACGCGUCGAGCUUAUCGUUUUCCUGGCUCUCUUUGCUGACCUUGCGACUGUUGCCGUAGCAUACGAUAAUGCGUCGUUCGACCUGCGCCCUGUGGAAUGGCAACUCCCAAAGAUCUGGUUUAUCUCUGUGCUUCUGGGCGUCCUCCUCGCUAUGGGUACUUGGGUCGUGCGUGGUUCUAUGUUUCUCAAAUCGGGAGGCGUCAUCCAAAACUGGGGUUCCAUUCAAGAAGUCAUUUUCUUGGAAGUCACCCUGACAGAGAAUUGGUUGAUUUUCGUCACUCGCGGAAUCCAAACGUGGCCAUCCAUCCAAUUGGUGACCGCAAUUUUCGGCGUGGACAUCUUGGCCACGAUCUUCUGUCUGUUCGGUUGGUUCUCGGACGAGAAUAUGGUUACUGAUCCCGUGGAUCUAUUCGUCGAGACCAAGAAUGGAUGGACUGAUAUUGUGACUGUGGUGCGGAUCUGGGGGUACUCGCUUGGAGUGGAAAUUGUUAUUGCUUUGGUCUACUUCUUGCUGAACAAGAUCUCCUGGCUUGACGAUCUCGGCCGUGCGAAGCGGAGUAAGGGCGAUAUCAAAAUUGAGAAUGUCCUCGGCCACCUCGCUCGUCUGACGGUUGAGUAUGAGGAGCCCGGCAAGCCCAAGGGCCGCUUCUUCUUGUCCACCAGCAAGGAAGAAGAAGACGUGGAGUAG